AUGGGAACAAAACAGACUCACAUCAGCACAGCUCAUCAGUCUGGCUUCCUGCUGAGGGCAGCCCUGCUCUCCGUCCUGUUGUGCAGCCCGAGGCGUGUGGCCUCCGACUCAGAUGAGGUGAUCCUGACUGACUGGGAGAUUUGGAAGAGCAGCCAUGGCGUAACCUACGAUGAUCUGGACGACAUGCAGAGGAGGGCGAUCUGGGAGGAGAACAAGCAGAUGAUCGAUGACAAUAAUCAGGGUUUUUUUAUGGGGAUCAGGCCGUUCACUAUGGCUAUGAAUAAAUAUGGAGACCUGACACAACAAGAAUUCCAGGUGUUGCAAGGUGCCUCGAUAAACGCCCAGUUUGUGCACAGAGGGAAGACGGUCUCUGCUCGACGGCUGCGCAGCAAUGCUCGGAAGUUAGAUGCUUGGUUUGUCGACUACAGGACCAUGGGUUAUGUCACUGAGGUGAAAGAUCAGGGUUACUGUGGCUCCUGCUGGGCCUUCAGCACCACAGGAGCUAUCGAGGGACAAAUCUACAAGAAGACCGGUCAGCUUAUCUCCUUGAGUGAGCAAAACUUGGUGGACUGCUCCAAACCUUACGGCACCUUUGGCUGCAACGGUGCCUGGAUGGCCAACGCCUAUGACUAUGUGGUGAACAACGGGCUGCAGUCGACAAGCACCUACCCAUACAUCUCAGUGGAUACUCAGCCCUGUUAUUACGAGAGCAGACUAGCGGUCGCUCAUAUCAAAGACUACAGGUUCAUACCCAAAGGAGACGAGCAGGCCCUGGCUGACGCUGUGGCAACCAUUGGUCCAAUCACAGUGGCCAUUGAUGCGGAUCAUGCAAGCUUCCUGUUCUACAGCUCAGGAAUAUACGAUGAGCCGAGCUGUAACCCCAAUAAUCUGAGUCACGCUGUUCUGCUGGUUGGUUACGCCUCUGAAGGAGGACAAGACUACUGGAUCAUCAAAAACAGUUGGGGCAGCAGUUGGGGUGAAGGCGGCUACAUGCGAAUGGUCCGGGACGGCAGUAACACAUGUGGCAUUGCAAGUUAUGCUUUGUACCCUACUUUAUGA